AUGGAGAGGAACGGCAGCGAUGUCCGGCAACCGCUGCUGAAAAGCCCGGGGAAGAAAGAAUCGGAGGGAGAGGAGAGGUUGUGCAUAGACGAGAUGCUACAGAGAUACUGUGGCGAGUUUGGGAGGUGGCAGAUGAAGCACUUCGUGCUGACGUGUCUGGCCUGGGCGCUAGAGGCGUUCCACACGAUGGUGAUGAUAUUCGCCGAUCAAGAACCCGCUUGGAGGUGCGUCGGGUCUGGUUGUCAGGUCGGGUCUUCGACUUGUGGUAUGGAUCCGGGUUCUUGGGAAUGGACGGAGGGUAAAGGAAGCUCCACGGUGUCGGAGUGGGGACUCAUUUGCGGCGAGAAGUACAAAGUUGGCCUUGUUCAAGCUAUCUUCUUCGCCGGAUGUAUGAUCGGUGCUGGAGUAUUUGGACAUCUCUCGGACUCGAAGCUAGGAAGAAAAGGCUCAUUAACAGUCGUAUGCAUCAUCAACGCAAUCUUUGGGAUCGCGACCGCUUUCUCUCCAAACUACUGGACUUACGUGGCUCUCCGAUUCUUGACCGGUUUCAGCACCGGCGGUGUAGGUCUAUGCGCGUUUGUCCUAGCCACCGAGCCCAUAGGACCAAGCAAACGCGGUGUAGCCGGAAUGUCAACAUUCUACUUCUUCUCCAGCGGGAUCGCUCUUCUCUCCGGCAUUGCUUACGUUUUCAGGCCGUGGAGAGAGCUUUUCAUCGUAUCCUCGUUACCGUCUCUCUUGUUCUUGCUCGUCGUUAUCCCUUUCAUCUCCGAGUCUCCGAGAUGGUACCUCGUGAAAGGGAAAGUAGACGAGGCCAUGAAGCUGAUGCAUGCAAUCGCUAAAACGAACGGACGUCACAUUCCUGCCGGAGUCACUCUUGCUCUAGACGACGAGGAAGAAGCAGAGGCAGGAGAUAACAACGGCGAGAGGAAUGUUACUCCGGCUGAAGGAUCGCUCAAAGACGUUUUCCAGUCGCCUCUCACGCGGAUCCGACUUCUCUUAACCGUCUCCAUAAGUUUCACCGUCGCUAUAGUAUACUAUGGGCUUAGUCUCAACGUAGUCAACCUCAAGACAAACCUCUACCUCAACGUCCUCCUCAACGCGGUGGCGGAGAUGCCGGCGUUCGGGAUAACGGCGGUUUUGUUAGACAAGUACGGGAGGAAGCCGUUGACGAUAGGGACGCAGUGGUUUAGUUGCGUUUUCUGUCUCGUUGGAUUCGUUGUAGGUGGGGUUGGUCCGUGGAAGACGGUGAGGAUGGUUUCAGGGGUUUUAGGGAUAUUUGGAAUGGCGGGAACGUACAACCUUCUGUUCAUUUAUGUGGCGGAGCUGUUUCCGACGGUGGUGAGGAACGCGGCGUUGGGGUGCGCGACUCAGAUGUCUCAGAUGGGAGCGAUUCUUGCGCCGUUUGUGGUGGUUUUAGGUGAGGAGUUACCGUUUGGUGUGUUUGCGGUUUGCGGGUUAGUUGGAGGUGGGCUUGCGUUUUACUUGCCGGAGACGUUGAACAAGCCGUUGUAUGAUACGAUGUUUGGGAUGCACGAAGCUGAGAGUAACAGAGGAAGAAGAAGAGAAGUAGUGUGUUGA